GAACGGUUUUAUUUCCAAGCAAGAAAUAGGAACGACUUUAAUUUGUCCAUUUUCAAGAAUGGUCACCUUUUCACAUAUUCCAAAUCUUCUCUCUCCUUCUCCCAUUUGUUAGUCCAAGGUUUUGUUUCUUUCUCCUACAUUUCUUUGAUCAUUAUACUGAAGCUGCUGCCUCGGCUCAUCUUUCUUCGUUGCAAAGAAAGCCUAAGUUGUAUCUCUAUGUAUAUGUAUAUAUACAUACAAACUUACCCAUAAAGACACCACCUUUCAUGCAGAAAUGGAGAGGGUUUCAUCUGCAAAGAGGAAAGCUUGGCCCAAAGAUGACUUCACUGAUAUUGUGUUCUCGUGGACUCUGGAACACAUUCUUAACGAGGAUAUGUUCAGAGAACAGGUGGAGAAGAUUCCAGACACAUUCACUUCAGCGGAGCAUUAUCUAGGCUCUUUCUUCUAUCCUUUAUUGGAGGAAACACGUGCUGAGCUUGCAGCAUCUAUGGAAGUAAUGGACAAAGCGCCGUAUGCUGAAGUGAUCGCCAUUGAUGGGGUGAAGAAACAUGGGGAACCUCUAUUUAAUGUUAAUGUGAACUCUUGGAAGAAUAGAGUGCGUGAUGACAGAGAGCCAUACAAAACCUUGCCUGGAGACAUUGUUGUAAUCUCACAUAAGAGGCCAAUGGCUGUUUCUGACUUAAAUCGAGCUGGGUGGAACUGGACACUUGCUUCAGUAGUUGUGAUCACGGAUGAUGAGGAGGAUGAUGCCAAUUUCACUAAUUUCAAAGUGAAAAUGCCGAUUGAUCUCACUGCCGAUCUUGAAGAAUAUGAAGGAUUCCACAUUGUGUUCUUAGAAAACGUUACAACGCAUAAAAGGAUUUGGAAUGCGUUGCACAUGAGGAAAAACAUGAAGAUUAUUGACAUGGUUUUGUACAGGAAUGGUGAGGCUGAGGAGAAAUGUUGUCUCUGCUCUCCGCAUUCUGAUAAUAUUGGUUCCACUGGAAGCAUUGGAACUAGCAUGUUCUCCAAACUGAAUGAAUCACAAGCUAAUGCAGUACUGACUUGCCUUGAAAGGGUGAAAUGUGACCAAAUAUCGCAUGUUGAUCUCAUAUGGGGUCCUCCUGGUACUGGAAAGACGAGCACUAUUAGCAUACUGCUUUUUAUGCUCUUGAAAAAGAAAUGCAGAACACUUGUUUGUGCACCUACAAAUGUGGCAAUAACACAGGUGGCCUCUCGAGUGGUUAAGUUGGUAUAUGAGUCUUUUAAAGAUGAACCUUUGAAGGAAAAUUUGUUAUGUCCAGUUGGUGAUGUGCUCCUAUUUGGAAACAAGGAUAGAUUAAAGCUGGGUGUAGGCACUGAGGAGAUAUUUCUAGACUAUCGUGCGGACAAGCUUAAUGAGUGUUUGGGCCUGAAGGGUUGGAGACACUGUAUUCUUUCAACAAUUCAUUUUCUUGAGGAUUGUGUUUCUGAUUAUGAAAUCUAUGUGGACAAUGAAUUGAUAAAAAUGAGAGAGUUGAGGGACAAAGGUAAAACAUUGGAAGAAAGUGCACACCCUAAAACCUUUGCCGAGUUUAUUAAAUCGUGCUCUGAAGGUACAGUAUCUCCCCUCAGAAGGUGCAUGCUUAUACUGUGUACGCAUUUACCCAGGCAUUUCAUUCAAGAAAAAAAUUUCCAAGCUAUCAUUUCCCUGAUAUGCCUACUGGAUUCUCUAAAUGGAAUGUUAUUUCAGGAGGAUAUGGGAUCUGAAGAAUUGAACAGUGUUUUUUCACAACCAGUAAUCUCUGAUGUUUCCCCUGAGUCAUUUGCAGAUACAUCUUCCUUGGUAUGCUUGAGAAGCCAGUGCCUCUCUUUGCUGAAAACUCUUCUACAUUCUUUAGGAGAACUUGAUCUUCCAUAUGCAUCAAAUAAAUACUUGAUAAGGGAUUUGUGUUUAAAGACAUCGACCUUGGUUUUCUGCACUACUUCUAGUUCAUAUAAGAUACACUCAAUCGAGAUGGAGCCAUUCAACGUACUGGUCAUUGAUGAAGCUGCCCAGUUGAGGGAAUGUGAAUCAGUAAUUCCACUUAAUCUUCCUGGUCUGAAGCAUGCAAUUCUUGUAGGCGAUGAAUGCCAAUUACCGGCAACCGUUCACAGCAAAGUGUCUGAUGAAGCUGGUUUUGGAAGAAGCUUGUUUGAAAGAUUAAGUUCAUUGGGUCAUUCAAAACUCAUGCUUAAUGUGCAAUACCGUAUGCAUCCAGCAAUCAGUUGUUUCCCAAAUGUGAGUUUCUAUCAUGGUCAAGUCCAAGAUGCUGAAAAUGUGAGAGGCAAAACCUAUGAGAGAAAGUAUCUUCAGGGAAGAAUGUAUGGUCNUGUGAUCUGA